AUGUUUAAAUCCAGCCCCGUCCCGCGCUCUCUUCUAUCCUCUGCGCGACUCGGCCGUCCUCUUCCCCCAAGACUCUCCCCCAACAUCGCCGCCCUCAGACCUCACCACCUCCAGCAGCAGCACGCCAGCUUCUCCAAGGUCACCAAGCCCAUCCCUGAGCAGCCCGACUUCGACAAGAUGGCCGAAAACGACAUUGAAAAGUACCUCAAGCAGACGCACGACCGCGUCUUUGAGCACAACAAGGCCUGGGCCGAGCAGAAGAAGAAGGAAGACCCCAACUUCUUCGUCACCCUCUCCGCCGGCCAGACCCCCGAGUACCUCUGGAUCGGAUGCAGCGACUCGCGCAUCCCUGCCGAGCAGAUCACCGGCCUCGGCCCGGGUGAGGCCUUCGUCCACCGCAACAUCGCCAACCUCGUCAACAACAUCGACCUCAACGUCAUGAGCGUCAUCAACUACGCCGUCCGCCACCUGCAGGUCAAGCACAUUGUCGUCUGUGGCCACUACGGCUGCGGCGGCGUCAAGGCCGCCAUGACCCCCAAGGAUCUGGGCCUCCUCAACCCCUGGCUUAGGAACAUCCGCGACGUCUACCGCUUCCACGAGGCCGAGCUGGACGCCAUCAAGGACGAGGAGGCCCGCUACGACCGAUUGGUCGAGCUCAACGUUAUCGAGCAGUGCCGCAACGUCAUCAAGACUGCUGCUAUCCAGCAGUCCUACGCCAAGAACAAGUUCCCCAUCGUCCACGGCUGGGUCUUUGGCUUCAACGACGGUCUGCUCAAGGACCUGAAGAUUGACCACGAGUCCAUGCUCCACGACAUCCAGAAGAUCUACCACCUUCCCGACGCGUAA